AUGAAAUUGCCUGCGGGAGUCCCAGCAGAUGAGUGGGACGAGUUCCAUGAUGCCAUUCUCAUUGACGAGAUUGUACGCUGCGGAUAUUUGGGCGUUAUAUGGGGAAUUAAUGGUGGUGCCACCACUGGCGGAGCGCCCAUUGCGUCUUACGGUACACCAGAGCAAAGGAGGCACCAGACGCCGGCUCUGAUGUUGCUGGCCUCACUACCACGGCAGAAAAGAGUGAUGAUGGGGAAGCACUGGGUCAUCAACGUAGAGAAGAACUGGAUUACGCAGGGUCAGUUAGCUACACAUGCUCUCUGUGCUGCCCGAACUGGCCCUCCCGGUACCAAGGGGCUCAAGGUCUUCAUUCUUGAUAUGAAGAUGCCGGGAAUUCAGGGAAAUAAAAUGUACAACUCGGGUGUCAGUAGCAGUGGAUCAACGUUCAUCGAUCUGCAGGAUGCGGUGGUUCCUGCAGAGAAUAUCCCGGGCAAGGAGAACCAAGGAUUCGAGAUCAUCAUGUCAACAUUCACUCACUCACGCCUGUGGGUCGGAAUCACCGCCCUGCGUCUUGGUCGCGUUGCUUUAGAAGACAGCUAUCAACACGCUUUGAGACGGGAGACCUUUGGGAAGAAGCUGUUCGAGAACCAAGCGGUUGGGCUCAAGUUCAGCAAAAUGGCCUGA